UGAAACGCCCAUGCACUAAUAUUUGCCUGGUCUCUGAUAUCUCUCUCUGUCUCCUUGUUCUAUAAGCUGGGAGAGUUUUCUCAUUUGGAUGAAAGGAUUCAUAGGUUUCUGCAUCUGAUCUUCCGUCGUUGCACCCGCACCACCAUUGCAGUGAUGGCAAUAAAGAGCUCAUUUCUCAGGCUUGUCGAAGAGACCCUAGAGAGUGCUUCGAGGAAACCGAAGAGGAUGCUUUAUGGAGAUGUGUUCAAUAUAUCAAAUUUUCAUUUACUUCAGCAUUGGAAAGGAUGGUCACAGAUAAGCUCAUCUUGUUUCUGGAAGAGUCUAGUCAUGUUUCUUCAUCUCUUCUUUAUCAGCAGCUUCUCCCUCCAGCUUCUACUUAAUAAAAUCUGCAAAUCAUACCAAAGGAAAUACAGGACCAACGAGGAAGGGUUACAAAAUCACGCUGCUGCGAAACAUACGCUUGAUGACAUAAACUUGGGUAUCUCAUACCAAGCCAGCAAAGUGUGUUGCUCUCUAAUAUUAAUCAGCCAUUGUGUGGAAUUUGUUUCAUUGCUGCUACAAGGAAAUGAGAGGUAUUGCAAGUACGUAUUCUCAGUUUCAGCUGAAAUAACACAGUUGAUAUCAUGGAUGGUUUUGUUGGUUACCAUUUUUAAUUUUCGGCGAACAAGAUCAGUAAAACUCCCAUGGAUUAUAAGGGCAUGGUGGACAUGCAGCUUCUUCCUGUCAGCAAUCUGCAUAGCUUUUGAUAUACACUCCAUUGUUUUACACAAUGCAUUUCUAGGGUUGGAAGAAUGCAUAGAUCUAUUAAAUCUUCUUUUCUGCGCAUAUCUGUUCGCCAUUUCAGUCAGAGGAGCAACAGGGAUCACUUUUGACAAUAGUAACAUCAGAGAACCACUACUGCACACGCCAACAGAAAAGCAUGGGGAGACCAAGAGGCAAUCGCCAUAUGGAAAUGCAAGCCUUCCACAACUUGUCACUUUCUCAUGGCUUAACCCCCUUUUUGCUAUAGGAGUCAAGAAGCCUCUAGAUCAGCAUGAAGUACCUGAUGUCGAUAUCAAAGACUCUGCCAAGUUCCUUUCACACUCAUUCGACAGCUGCUUGACUAGUGUAAAAGAAAAGCAUGGCUUGCAGACUUCAUUUGUUUACAGAGCAAUCUUCCUAUUUAUCAGGAAAAAAGCAGCAAUCAAUGCUAGCUUUGCAGUUGUUACUGCAUGCGCGUCUUAUGUAGGACCUUCAUUGAUUGAUGACCUUGUUAUGUUCCUAGGUGGAAAGAGGGAGAAUGGAUUGAAAAGUGGAUACAUACUUGCACUUGCAUUCCUAAGUGCCAAAAUUGUGGAGACUGUGGCUCAGAGGCAGUGGAUUUUUGGAGCUCGACAGCUUGGAAUGCGCCUAAGAGCAGCAUUAAUAUCUCACAUAUACAAAAAGGGCCUUCGCUUAUCAAGCCAGUCUCGGCAGAACCACACCAGUGGAGAAAUUAUCAACUAUAUGAGUGUGGAUAUUCAAAGAAUUACAGAUCUCAUAUGGUACGCAAACAUAAUAUGGAUGUUACCCGUACAGGUUUCUCUUGCAAUCUAUGUUCUUCACAACAGUCUGGGUCCUGGAGCUUUUGCUGGAUUAGCAGCAACAGUCAUGCUAAUGGCAUGCAACAUUCCUAUCACUAGAACACAGAAACGUUUCCAGUCCAAGAUUAUGGAAGCAAAAGAUGAGCGAAUGAAAGCGACCUCAGAAAUUCUCCGAAACAUGAAGAUUUUGAAACUUCAAGCUUGGGAUCUCCAGUACCUUCGCAAAUUAGAAGCUUUGCGAAACAUUGAGUAUAACUGGUUGUGGAAGUCUCUAAGACUGCUAGCAAUGACAGCAUUUUUAUUCUGGGGAGCGCCCACAUUUAUAUCAGUGAUAACAUUUGGAUCAUGUAUACUCAUGGGAAUACCUCUAACAGCAGGGAGAGUUUUAUCUGCAUUGGCAACUUUUAGGAUGCUCCAAGAACCCAUAUUCAAUCUUCCAGAUUUGCUUUCAGUAAUUGCACAGGGAAAAGUUUCAGCUGACAGGGUAGCCUCAUACCUCCAAGAAGAUGAAAUAAAAUCUGAUGCAGUUGAGGUGAUACCUAGAAAUGAAGCAGAAUUUGACAUUGAAAUUGAUCAUGGGAUAUUCAGUUGGGACCCAGAAUCCAAAUUUCCAACACUUGAAGACAUAGAAUUGAAGGUGAGUGGGGGCAUGAAAGUGGCCAUUUGUGGGACUGUUGGCUCAGGAAAGUCCAGCUUACUCUCAUGCAUAUUAGGAGAAAUACCAAAACUGGGAGGGACAGUAAGAAUAAGUGGCACCAAAGCAUAUGUUCCUCAGUCCCCAUGGAUACUUUCUGGGAACAUUAGAGAAAACAUUCUCUUUGGCAAUCCAUUUGACAGUGAGAAAUAUGAAAAGACAAUUCAGGCUUGUGCACUGAAGAAGGAUUUUGAGCUCUUUGCCAGUGGGGAUCUGACGGAGAUUGGAGAGAGAGGAAUUAAUAUGAGCGGAGGACAAAAGCAACGGAUCCAGAUCGCAAGAGCAGCCUACCAGGAUGCUGAUAUAUACCUUCUUGAUGACCCUUUCAGUGCUGUGGAUGCUCAUACAGGCACACAACUUUUUAAGGAUUGCCUAAUGGGGGUUCUUAGAGACAAGACCAUACUUUAUGUUACACACCAAGUCGAGUUUCUUCCAGCUGCAGACCUUAUCCUGGUGAUGCAGCAGGGAAGGAUUGCACAAGCUGGAAGGUUUCAUGAGCUUCUGCAACAAAAUAUAGGAUUUCAGGUGUUAGUCGGAGCUCACAGCCAAGCUCUUGAAUCAAUACUUAGUGCUGAAAAUUCAAGCAGAAUGUUGCUAACAGAUGAAAGAAAAAUACCAAAAACAUCAAGCAGCAAUGAGUCUGAUGAAGAAAAUACAGCAAAUACCCAGUUCCAAAAUAUUGACAGGCAAGAGUCUGAACAGGAUCUCUGUCAAGAUAUUGCUGACAGAGGGAAGCUAAUGCAAGAUGAGGAAAGGGAAAGAGGAAGCAUUGGCAAAGAGCUUUAUUGGUCGUACCUGACUGCGGUGCGAGGAGGUGCAUUAGUCCCAAUAAUUGUCACAGCACAAUCACUAUUCCAAAUAUUGCAGGUAGCGAGCAACUACUGGAUGGCGUGGGCUUCGCCUCCAACAACAGCUACAGAUCCAGUGGUGGGAAUUAGUCUUCUGUUCUCGGUAUAUAUACUUCUUUCAGUCGGAAGUGCACUGUGUGUGUUGGUCCGAGCAAUGCUUGUAGCAAUCACCGGCCUUUUGACAUCACAAAAGUUCUUCGAAAACAUGCUAAAUUGCAUCCUUCGUGCCCCAAUGUCUUUCUUUGAUUCCACUCCAACAGGGAGGAUCUUAAACAGGGCCUCUACCGACCAAAGUGUGCUAGACAUGGAAAUAGCAGGAAAAUUAGGCUGGUGUGCAUUCUCGAUUAUACAAAUUCUUGGGACCAUUGCAGUUAUGUCGCAGGUUGCAUGGCCAGUUUUUGCCAUAUUCAUUCCUGUGACAGCAAUUUGUAUCUGGUAUCAACAAUACUAUAUACCAACUGCAAGAGAGUUGGCUCGUUUAUCGGGAAUUCAAAGAGCUCCAAUCCUCCAUCAUUUUGCAGAAUCACUUUCUGGAGCUGCUGCUAUUAGAGCAUUUGGACAUGAAAUUCGGUUCAGCAAUGCAAACCUUAGACUUAUUGACAACCACUCGAGGCCAUGGUUCCAUAAUGUUUCUGCAAUGGAAUGGCUUUCCUUCAGACUGAACUUACUGUCAAAUUUUGUGUUUGCAUUCUCGUUGAUUUUGCUCGUGAGCCUUCCUGAAGGAUUUAUUAAUCCAAGUAUAGCAGGAUUGGCAGUGACCUAUGGAUUAAAUCUCAAUUCACAACUAGCAACUAUCAUCUGGAAUAUAUGCAAUGCGGAAAAUAAAAUGAUCUCAGUUGAAAGAAUACUGCAGUACUCAAGGAUCCAUAGUGAAGCUCCUUUACUGAUUGAAGAGUGUCGACCGCCGAUCAGUUGGCCGGAAAUUGGAACUAUAUACUUUAGGAACUUGGAGGUUAGGUAUGUUGAACACCUGCCAUCAGUUUUGAAGAACAUAACAUGUACAAUUCCAGGAAGGAAAAAAGUUGGCGUCGUAGGACGAACUGGUAGCGGAAAAUCAACUCUAAUACAGGCUCUUUUCCGCAUUGUUGAACCAAGAGAAGGAACCAUUGAAAUUGAUGAUGUGGACAUCUGCAAGAUAGGCCUUCAUGAUUUGCGAUCCAGACUUAGCAUUAUUCCACAAGAUCCAACAAUGUUCGAGGGAACAGUGAGAGGAAAUCUUGAUCCACUGAAUGAAUACCCAGAUAACAGGAUAUGGGAGGUACUAGAUAAGUGUCGACUUGGUGAUCUGAUCCACCGGAAUGAAAAGAAGCUGGAUUCAACAGUUGUUGAAAAUGGAGAAAAUUGGAGUGUCGGUCAGAGACAGCUAUUUUGUCUUGGAAGAGCUCUGUUGAAGAGGAGCAGCAUCCUUGUUCUUGAUGAGGCGACAGCCUCUGUUGACUCUGCUACUGAUGGAAUCAUACAAGUAACAAUUCGUCAAGAAUUCAACGACUGCACAGUUCUCACCAUAGCUCACAGAAUUCAUACAGUCAUAGACAGUGAUCUCAUUCUGGUCCUCAGUGAAGGAAGAGUUCUUGAAUAUGACACCCCUGCCAAAUUACUGGAAAGAGAGGAUUCAUCAUUCUCUAAGCUUAUAAAGGAGUACUCUUUGAGAUCACAGAGUGUGAACCAUAUAGCAAACAGUGAAAGUAACAUUUUUUAAGGCCAUCAACAUUUAAACUCUAUUUUCAAAGCCAUUGGUGGCACAUGAAGGUAAUCCAAGUUCCCGAAGCGAAAACAUCUGGUGUAAUUUGCUAAACUUAAUGCCAUGUUUGUAUGAGUUCCAAAAACAAGAGGCAGACACAACUCUUCAGAAGGGUUUCUAACUUGCAACCCUUAUCCUGGCAAGCAAUGCCAGGUGCACCUCUGGAAUCUACAUCAUAGAAAAAGCAGCAGGAAAUAUUGUUUCUCCAAGGAGAAACUGUUGGACAAAAUUUAAUUUUGGAGCAUUUCUUGCCAUUGGAACUGCAUUUAUUAGCACUAAUUGCUCCCAGAAUCGUGGCAUUAAAGUUGCAUGGUCCUGCAAGACCACGUAACAAUGAUGUAAUUCUCUUAUAAAAUAAAUAAGAUUAUUUUUGAUACAU